AUGAACAAGGAGGAACUUGAUAUGAUGAUCAAAGUGCAAUUAUUUCACCAUCGGCGAAAUGACAAAGUUACUAGUGCAAAGAAACAUAGAUCAAAAGAAAGGGAGAGAAUUAGACAAGAAUAUUUUUUUAAUGGACAUCAAGUGUGUAGAGAAACAUUUGCGUUUUGCCAUGGAGUUUAUAGGAAGGCGGUGGACGCGCUUGCUCGUUCCCUUGAUAAGGAUGGACUCGCUCCUAGAAUUCAUGGAAACAUUGGUAAACAUCCAAAGCAUGCCCUCACUGUAAAUGAUGUUCAAUCUGUAAAAGAUUUUCUAACAUCUUAUGGAAACAAGUUUGGUUUACCAUUACCAGGAAGACUGCCAAACUACAGAGAUUGUAGAGCUAUAGUGUUGCCCUCUGAUAAGACCAAGGCUGAUAUACAUCAGGACUAUUUGUUAGUUGCAGAGAGUCUACAUUUGAGAAAGAUAUGUUUGUCAGAAUUUAAAAGAGUUUGGCUGAAUACAUGUCCACAUGUUCUAAUUAGCAAGCCUUCAACAGACCUAUGCUAUAAAUGCCAAUCCUAUGCGAAUAUCCUGGUUCAUGGUGGCAAUAUGACAGAAGAGGAAAAGGAGCAACAUCUUGAGAAAUACACAGCUCAUGUUGAAAAAUCAAAGAUGCAGAGGGAUUAUUACAGAAGGCAAUGUGAAGUUUCUAAAACUAGCUUUUCUGCUCUUCCAAAUGAGAGAAAAACCAGAGGUCAGCCCAUCUGUUCUUUGGAGGGAACUCAACAUUACAGUUUUGAUUAUGCCCAGCAAAUACAUUAUCCACAUUAUGCGCAACAGGUUGGUCCUUUGUUCUUCAAAACCCCACGGAAAUGCCAGUGUUUUGGAAUCUGUUCAGAGGGUUCAGGAUCACAGAUAUUUUACUUGAUUGAUGAGUCUCAGCAUUCUGGAAAGGGGGCAAACUCUGUUGCCAGUAUGAUUCACCACCAUUUUCAACAUAAAGGUUAUGGAGAAAUGAAUUUACAACUCCAUAUGGACAACUGCACUGGUCAAAAUAAAAACAACACUGUUAUUGGAUAUGGGAUGUGGCGAGUUAUGACCGGCAGACAUAUGACCAUUGAGUUUUCUCUGAUGGAGGCAGGCCACACAAAGUUUCAUCCCGACUGGCAUUUUGGGCUCUGGAAGGUGAAAUGGCGAGGAACAACUGCAGAGAAUCUUGAGGAAGUGGCCAAAUCCGUUGCUCAUUCAUCUAGGAAUAACCAUAAUAUUCCCCAGCUUGUAGAGGAUCCCCAGUAUCCAGUCAUUUUCUAUGACUGGAGCACGUUUCUCAAGAAGUACUUCAAGCCAAUACCUCAACUCAAGCAGUAUCAUCAUUUUCGCAUGACACAUGAACAUCCUGGAGUAGUCCAUCUACGAAAGUAUGCUGGAGAUGAAGAAAUUACUGUCAACAUCCUGAAACACAAAGAUUUCAGGUUUCCAAACAUGGAUGCCUCUCUUCCAACUGUUAUUAAAGCAUGUGGCCUUGACGCACAGCGACAGUGGUAUUUAUACGACGAGGUGGCCCCAUACUGUGCCAGUCAUGAGGCAUGUCCCCGCCCAAGUGUACCAAAACCAUCAGCCAUAAAAGUUGAACAGAAAGUGAAAUUAGGAAAGAGAAAAUGUGCAAAUUAACAUUGUAACAAAUCAAUGUAAUUUACAUGCUGUCAUGGAUGUUAAGAGUUUGAUUUUAUCUAGUUCUUAAAACUGUUAUAUUCUGUUGUAUUAAUUUGAUCAAACAAUAUGUGUUUCAGAAUGAAAUGACAUCUAUU